CCAGAGAUGGAAGGGGGCAGCAAUGGCUCCUCAGAGGGCUUCAUUCUGCUGGGUAUAUCUGACCAUCCCAGGCUGGAGAUGAUCUUUUUCGUAGCCAUCCUCUCCUCUUACUUGCUGACUCUCAUGGGGAACUCAACAAUCAUCCUGCUUUCCCGCCUUGAUGCUCCACUCCACACACCCAUGUACUUCUUCCUCAGCAACCUCUCCUCCCUGGACCUUGCCUUUACCACCAGCUCGGUCCCCCAAAUGCUGAUCAAUUUAUGGGGGCCAGACAAGACCAUCACCUAUGGCGGCUGUGUGACACAACUCUACGUGUUCCUUUGGCUGGGGGCCACUGAGUGCAUCCUGCUUGUGGUGAUGUCAUUUGACCGCUAUGUGGCAGUGUGUCGGCCUCUGCACUAUCUGACCAUUAUGAGUCCUUGCCUUUGCUGGCUACUGGCUGGCAUUAGCUGGUUGGGAGGUUUGGGCAACUCUGUGACCCAGUCAACACUCACUCUGCAGCUUCCAUUUUGUGGGCAUCGGAGGGUGGACGGCUUUCUGUGUGAGGUGCCUGCCAUGAUCAAACUGGCCUGUGGAGACACCAGUCUCAAUGAGGCUGUGCUCAACGGAGUCUCUACCUUCUUCACGGCUGUCCCACUGAGCAUCAUCCUGAUCUCCUACUGCUUCAUUGCUCAGGCUGUGCUGAAGAUCCGCUCUGCAGAGGGACAGCGGAAAGCCUUCAACACAUGCCGCUCCCAUUUGCUGGCCGUGUUCCUCUUCUAUGGCUCAGCAAUCUACGGGUAUCUGCUUCCAUCGAAGAGCAGCAGCCAGGACCAGGGAAAAGUCAUUUCCCUCUUCUACACUGUGGUUACCCCCAUGGUAAAUCCUCUCAUCUACACGUUAAGAAAUAAGGAAGUGAAGGGAGCACUGAGAAGGCUGCUGAGGAGAGAAAGAGAAUCUGGUUGA